AUGUCAAGACGCAGUAGCCGUUUGCAAGCUAAACAGCAGUCCCAACCCAGUCAGCCAGAUUCCCCUCCAGAAACCCAGGUAAUCCAGGCCAAGAAGAGAAAAACAAGCCAGGAUGUCAAAAAAAGAAAAGAGGAGGUCACUAAGAAACAUCAGUAUGAGAUUAGGAAUUGUUGGCCACCUGUAUUAUCUGGGGGGAUCAGUCCUUGCAUUCUCAUUGAAACACCUCACAAAGAAAUAGUAACAAGUGACUUCUCCAGAUUUACAAAUUACAGAUUUAAAAAUCUUUUUAUUAAUCCUUCACCUUUGCCUGAUUUAAGCUGGGGAUGUUCAAAUGAAGUUUGGCAAAAUAUGUUGAAAAAAGAGACCAGAUAUGUUCAUGACAAACAUUUUGAAGUUCUGCAUUCUGACUUGGAACCACAAAUGAGGUCAAUACUCCUAGACUGGCUUUUGGAGGUAUGUGAAGUAUACACACUUCAUAGGGAAACCUUUUAUCUUGCACAAGACUUUUUUGAUAGAUUUAUGUUGACACAAAAGGAUGUAAAUAAAAAUAUGCUUCAACUCAUUGGAAUUACCUCUUUAUUCAUUGCUUCCAAACUUGAGGAAAUCUAUGCUCCUAAGCUCCAUGAAUUUGCGUAUGUCACUGAUGGUGCUUGCAGUGAGGAGGAAAUCUUGAAGAUGGAACUUUUUAUAUUAAAGGCUUUAAAAUGGGAACUCUGUCCUGUAACAAUCAUCUCGUGGCUAAAUCUCUUUCUCCAAGUUGAUGCCCUUAAAGAUGCUCCAAAAGUUCUUCUACCUCAGUAUUCUCAGGAAAAGUUCAUCCAAAUUGCUCAGCUUUUAGAUCUGUGUAUUCUAGCCAUCGAUUCAUUAGAGUUCCAAUACAGAAUACUCGCUGCUGCUGCCCUGUGCCAUUUUACUUCUAAUGAAGUGGUUAAGAAAGCCUCAGGUUUGGAAUGGGACAGCAUUUCUGAAUGUGUUGACUGGAUGGUACCUUUUGUCAAUGUGAUAAAAGGUAAUAAUCCAGUGAAGCUAAAGGCCUUGAAAAAGAUCCCUGUGGAAGACAGACACAACAUCCAGACACAUUCAAAUUAUCUGAUUAUGCUGGAUGAAGUAAAUUACAUAAACACCUUCAGAAAAGGGGGACAGUUGUCACCAAUAAGCAAUGGAGGCAUCAUGACACCACCAAAGAGCACCGAGAAACCAACAGGAAAACACUAA